UUCACUGUGGCCAAACUUUGCCCAGGACAGCUUUCUGGCCAACGCUGGGUGGGGGGCAGAAAGCCCUGGGUGCAGACCACGUGUGCAGUCCCACGAAGCGGAGAGGAGGGGUCGAAAGACUCAGCUGGGCACCAUGGCAACUUCGGUGGUCAACAUGGAGGCUUUGGAGCCCCAGCCUAUGGCCGAGGCGGACUAUGAGGCCCUCCAGUCUCCGAAUGUGGCGGGCGAAAGUGGAAAAGACUUCGGCGAAGGUCUCCCGUUGCCGAAGUCGUCCUUCCGGCGCGUCUGUCCCACCAGCCGCCUUGUCCUGGCCUUGAUGGUGUUCUGUGGCAUCCUGAUCCUGUCUGUCAGCAUCCUGGGCAUCCAAGGCAUUCAGUUCAGCAAAGGUCUCCAGGAAACUCGGAAGGAACUGCAGAAUUUUAACCAGACUUCCAUGCUGGGGGUCGGCAACCUCAAGAACAAAAGGAACAGCACCGGGUGGAAGCUGGCCAUGCUGGAGCAAGCCCUGACUCGGGAGAACGAUAAGCUGGAGAAAGUGAAGGAACGGACCCAGAGUCAGCUGGAUGUCAUAGAACGGAGUGCCAGAACUUUGCACUGUGAGCUCGCAGAAAUGAAAAGCAACGGAAGCAAAAGUGGCUGCUGCCCCCGAGGCUGGCUGACUUUUCGCUCGAGCUGCUACUGGACCACCCAGUCGACAGAAACGUGGAAAGGGGCCAGUCUCAACUGUGAAAGUAAAAAAUCCCACCUGGUGAUCAUAAACUCUCCGGAUGAGAAAGCAUUCGUGAAUCGGCACAGACACCCAUAUUUUACAUGGAUCGGCUUGACAGAUGUCAGUGGGACCUGGAAGUGGGUGGAUGAGUCGUUAUACUCGUUUGACCCGAAGGAUUGGGACGAAGGCCAGCCAGACCACUGGUACGGGCACGGCCUCGGGGGUGGGGAGGACUGUGUCCACUUUGGCACCAGUGGCCUUUGGAAUGACAACCACUGUUCCCGCAUGUUCAACUGGGUGUGUGAGAUGGAGCUGGGCCUCUGAACACAACAGUGGGUCCCGCCUCAGUUGGUUUGCUGAUCUGUGACCUGAUCUGUGGCUGUGUGUGUGAGAUGGGCUGAGAAUCGGCUGCCCUCCGUCCCCUCCGUUUCCUUGUGCACCUUCCCUGCGAGGGAGGACAGACCCCAAAUGUGUGCAGGUCAAGGGAGUUGUGCAGAGAGGUCUGCAUUGCAAGCUUGUCUCUGGCGGAUGCAGAGCUACAGGUAGUCUUCACUCAAGGACCACAGUUGGGACCGGAAUUUUGGUUCCUAAGCAAAGCGGUCAUUAAGCGAAUCUGACCUGAUUUUACAACCUUUUUUGCGGCGGUCAUUAAGCGAAUCACGUGGUUCCCCAUCGAUUUUGCUUGCCAGAAGCCGGCCAGGAGCGUCGAAAAUGGCCAUCACGUGACCAUGGGAUGCCGCGAUGGUCAUAAAUGCAAACUGGUUGCCAAGUGCUCAAAUCACGAUCAUGUGACUGCAGGGACACUGUGACGGUCGUAAGUGUGAGGACCGGUCGCAAGUCAGUUUUUAGCACCAUCGUAAGUUCAAACCAUCACUAAAUUAAUGGUUGUUAAGUGAGGACUACCUGUACAUAAAAGACCAGGAGGGUAAAAGGUUGAACACCCUGAUCAGAUGUCUUUUUAAACA